AUGGCGACCCCGUUUCGGGAUGUCCCCAGGCCCCCAGGACAGCCCCUAGACUCCUGGGCAGCAGAGAUCCAGCUGUUAGAAAUCAACUGGAGUAUGGGCGCGACAUGGGUCCUGUCCCGUUCUGCUCGGGGCCAUCUGGAAAAGCUGCUGUCCGUCGUCCUGCGCUGGGGGGGUCACCCGACUCCAACCCCAUCCGGCCAGCCCAACACCAGCAGCACAGAGACCCAGCCCUUGGAGUCAGGCUCCCGAAGUCUGCUCAAUCUGUCCACUUCUGAAGCCCCUGCAAGCGUUCAGCCGGUCACUGUGGAACCUACUACGAUCCAGAAAGCAGAAGCCUGGAAAUCGCGAGAACUAAUGCUUUUCAUCCUCUGCAUCAUUCUGGGAAUUCUCCUCCUUGGCUUACUCAUCUCCACAGCCUUCAUCUUCUUGAAAGUUAAAGGAAAAUACGCCCUGCCCAUUAUGGUGAACGACCAGCACCCACCCACCACCACCCCAGAGGGUAUCAAUAGCUAUCAAGAUGUUCCCAUCACCAUUUCCAAAGAAGAAGUUCCCAAGCUGCCCAUCCAGGUCCAGGCCCUACCCCCCAAGGACUCGGACUCCAGCUCGGACUCAGACUAUGAGCAUUAUGACUUCAGCGCCCAGCCUCCCGUGGCCCUGACCACCUUCUACAAUUCCCAGCGGCACCGGGUCACGGAGGAGGAGAUUCAGCAGAGCAGGUUCCAGAUGCCUCCCCUGGAGGAAGGACUUGAAGAGACGAGUGCCUCCCAGGUCCCACCCGCCAGGGCUGGACACUACGUCGCAGACACGCCCUCCCUGGGCUCUCAGCACCACCCAGGAAGCAACAGGGGAUCCAGCACGUCCUCCGGGGAGGAUUACUGCAACAGCCCCAGUAGCAGGCUACCUCCGUGGACCCCUCAGGUGUUUUCUACAGAGAGGAGCCCCUUCUUGGAGCAGCCCCCGAACUUGGAGCUGGCUGGCUCCCAGGCUACCUUUUCAGGGCCCUCGGCUGACGACAGCUCCAGCACCUCCUCCGGGGAGUGGUACCAGAACUUCCAGCCGCCGCCCCAGCCUCCCUCGACGGACCAGUUUCAGUAUCCAGGUGCCAGCGGCAGGGGAGGAUCCCCCAGGCCCCAGCCUGGUUCCACUGGCAAUGAGGACUAUGACGACAUCGGGGCAUCCUAG